AUGGAUUUUAUCUAUCAACUUCAUCCCGAACCCGAUGUCGACGAAAGUCAACUGAGCCGCUCUGGUCGCUUCCAUGCUUGGAAGUUCAUGAUGGACUUAUUCGAGCACGGACCUUCAUACUUCCAGCGCUUCAAGAACCUCCCUACCGAUCCUGACCCUGUCGAUCCUAUCCCCCUCACAAAAACUCACUACCUGCCUCUCCGUGCGAUGGACAUCAACCAGUCUACUGUAGCUGGAAAUCUAAGGGCUCUCAGUGAUAUGUACAAGCAGGCAGGUGUGAGCGAUCCUCGAAACCAAUUUGAGGGAGAACCUCCGCUCGCAGAUAUCGUGGAGUACAUCACAAUUGUAUUUGGCAACCUGGGUACCUACGAGCGCUUCAUGUCUGCGCUCCGCCAAAGAUCUGUAGAAAGAACACCAUACGACCGCUGUCAGUCCGUCGCCUUCGGAAUCGGGUAUUUCCAUGUCAAGAUGGCCGCAACGGACACGGUCUGGCGGCUGGUGCAUGAACUCAUCGGCCAUGUUGGCAUUCUCUUACGAUUGGACGUAUGGCGUACAGAGGUCAAGCGCCGUAACCCCUCAAUCAAGUCGCUAGAGGCUUGGGCCGAAACAAAGCCUUCGCUGGCUGAAAUAGAGGAUGUCGCGGAGGCUCUUGUGCGCGAUUACAUUGAAGGGGAAGGCUUGGACCUGUUUGCGUUAGCUGCGCAGGCGGAAGACACUCAAGACCAGAUACGAGAGAACACAAUGCGUCUACAGAAUUAUCUAUUGCUCUACGAGAAGUUGUCAUACGCCAUGAAUGCAGGGGAUAUCGGACGACUCGAAAGCCUACUGGCGCUGUGGAUCCCGCUGUUCCGAGCUGCCGGGAAACACAAAUAUGGCAAUUAUACCCUCCGUUUCAUGCACGACUUGUUCCAGGUAUACCCGGAAGGCCUUCGGUGA